AUGGCGCAGAGUCUCGAAUCCAGACCUACAGUGGUGGACUUUCGUGAAGAAAGCCCGUGGGUGCAGCUAGCCAAGGCCCACUGGUUGAACACGAAGGUCCGUAAGGCCAAACCAGAUGUCAUCAAAAAGCAAUUGUGGGAUCCUUUGGAAGCUGAGGCUUUCAACAGCCGCUCGCUCCUGAUUCUAGAGAACCUGAACGUCCUUGAGAAGUAUGUGCUCUCUAGUCAUGCCCAGGAUGCAUCUAAUCACCAUGUACUCUUGAUUGCAUUGAUUGUCAGCGUGAAGCAUCGCGAGCAUUUGCCGAUAUGGGAUAUCUUCUCCGACCGUGCCGAUGACUUCUCCAAUCUCUUCCACCGUAUUCUCUCAAUGAGCAUUGAUCAUUCACUUCCGACUCGCUCUCGCCUCUCUAUCAUAUCGUUUAUUAUCAGCGCCUUCCAGUCGCUCGAGAACGUCUUGAUCCGCAAAGAAUGUGCGCCCCUCGUCUCUAUCUCGGUCUGGCACAACCUGGCUAGUGAAGAGGCUAGAGAUCGUAUUGUUGCAAAGGCCCCGUCACUGAAGAAGGCAUGGAGAGCCUCCGCGAAGAGAUACGAGGCUGGAGACGAAGCGGCGAAAGCAAAGAUGCGAUUCGAACGUUCAUGGCUAUACACAAUGCUCUUGGAUUUCCUUCACAGGUUGAAUGGACUCGAAAAGGACCAGGCUGAGAACUUGCUAUACUGCGAACGUUUCCUUGAGCUCUUGGUUGAUCUCGAAAGUCAACUUCCCACUAGGCGCUACGUGAACACGUUAUUGAAGGACCUCAACCUUCUGUCGGUUAUUCGCCUUUCACAACUCUACCACGUGCCUGAUAAUGCCCUUCUACGCGACUUCCACAGCCUACUCAAACAUUUUGUCGAAUUUGCAAUUGAUGAUUACUCCGGCGAGGCUCUUUCUCCGCAGGGAGUUUACGACCUGCAUUGCCAAGAAUUGGCCCAGCUCCAAAGAACCUCGAUGAAGUUCUUCAAAGACAAGCUAAUGAUACUUGCGCUUUCCAAUAUGGGGUCAAUUGAGCAGCGAUCGGAUCUAGAGGGUCAGCUAUCUUCUCUUGACGAGUCGGAACUCCAAAGCCUUUGCUCUCACCUAGGAUUCCGCACAAGCUACCCAAAAUCCUCACACGUCACUCCAGACCGUCAGUUCUACCUGGAAGUUUUGGCAUCUUUUUAUCAACGCAAGGUCCCCUUCCAAGAGGUUGUCGAGAAGUUGAGUCCACUUCCGACGGAAGAAACCCUCUACGACCCGGCCUUGUUGAGGAAUGAGACAUACGACGGAUCGAGGCCCCUAGCAAUCCCAAAGUUGAAUCUCCAGUAUCUGAGCCUCGGAGAUUUCCUUUGGCGCUCCUUCCUUCUCUACCGAUCAGAAGCAUUCUUCCAAAUCCGAAAGGACAUGGAGUCCAUCGUCAAACGCAUGCAACCCAAGGCAGCGCGCGAUGGAACCAUAAACUUCGAGGGAUUCUCUCGAAUGGCCAUUCCAAUCUCAAAACCUGCUAUCAUUGAUGUCGCACCACCAAAGGUCGGAGCAACAAACCCGGCUUUUGUUCGAGCAGAGAUUGCGAUAGAGGUGGGAAGGCUUGCAGAUAAUGUUAGGAGAGAAUGGGACUCACUCCGUCCUGAUGACGUCGUCUAUCUUUUGGCGGUCCAGCCCACAUCGCAGUCAGAACAAGGUGCAUCUGAAGCUCCUCGGAUGAUCCAUCUUCGAACGGCUGAGAUCGUACAGGUCCUUGACGAGCAAGGCCGCGCAUUGAGACAAUACCCUGGCCAGGCAAAUGGCUCUCAAUCCAGAGCACGAUCGAGGAGAUUGAUCGUAAACUUGGAUGCGGCUGCAUUCAAAGCCGACAAGGACCAGCAGGCCCACGGAAAAGCGGACAUUUACCCCCUCAUCAACGUGGUUGCACGGAGAAAGGGCAGAGAGAAUAACUUCAAGUCAAUUUUGCAGACUAUGCAAAAGCUUAUUGUCUCCGAUAUGACGCUUCCUUCCUGGCUCCAGGACAUCUUCCUGGGCUACGGAGAUCCCGCUAGUGCUCAAUACACGCAGCUGCCAAACCGACUUAGCACUGUUGACUUCCGAGACACAUUUUUGGACUGGUCUCAUUUGGUGGAAAGCUUCCCGGGCAUUGAACCUUCGGGGGCUGAGAAUGCCAGCUUUGGCCCACCCUACGUUAUUGAAUAUGUUAAUCAAGAGUCUGCAGCAGAGCCUCAUGCGCCGAAGAAGCGACGCCGGGAGCAAGCAGAGACAGUGGCGCCGAGCAGUAUGCGUGUUUCCACAUACAAGCCACCAAACCCUGGUCCCUACCCCGUUGACGCUCCUAAAUUGAACAAAAUCCGAUUCACCCCCGCUCAAGUGGAAGCUAUCGCAUCUGGAACACAGCCUGGGCUCACUGUUAUUGUGGGACCACCUGGUACUGGAAAGACUGAUGUCACCACCCAAAUAAUCAACAACAUUUACCACAACUUCCCCAAUGAACGGACGCUACUCAUUGCCCACAGCAAUCAAGCCCUCAAUCAACUAUUCCAGAAAAUCAUUGCCCUUGAUAUCGAUGAACGGCACUUGUUGCGACUGGGUCACGGCGAGGAAGAAUUGGGCACCGAUUCCAACUAUAGCAAAUAUGGACGAGUGGAAUCCUUCCUUGAUAAUCGCAAUCACUACUUAUCAGAAGUGAUGCGCUUGGCAGCAUCGCUUGGGGUCGAGGGUGCACAUGGAAAUUCAUGCGAGACUGCAGGCUAUUUCAAUACAGUUUACGUGCAGCCAGCAUGGGCUAAAUUCUGGGAUCGAGCCAAUUCCGAAGGAACAUCAAACGAAGAGAUUGUCGCAUCCUUCCCGUUCCAAUCAUACUUUGCAAAUGCUCCCCAGCCCUUAUUCGAAGCUGAAGCCACGAAGGAGGCGAUCAUCGACACUGCCGUAGGGUGCCAACGUCACAUUGCUCGAAUCUUCACCGAGUUGGAAGAUAUCCGACCAUUCGAGAUAUUGAGACAACCUCGCGAUAAAGCGAACUAUCUCCUCGUAAAGGAGGCCCGGAUUAUCGCGAUGACCUCGACCCACGCAGCUAUGCGCCGGCAAGAAAUUGCCGAUCUAGGCUUCCACUACGACAACGUGGUCAUGGAAGAAGCCGCGCAGAUUACUGAAGUUGAGAGUUUCAUCCCCAACGCCCUUCAAAACAUGAAGAACGGUGAACUUCCUCUCAAGCGUGUUGUUCUCUGUGGUGAUCACCAUCAGAACUCACCCAUCAUCCAGAACAUGGCUUUCCGUCAAUAUGCCCACUUCGAGCAAAGUCUCUUCUUGCGACUGGCACGACUUGGUGUCCCAGUGAUCAACUUGGACAAGCAGGGUCGCGCACGACCUAGCAUUGCAGAGCUCUUCCGCUGGCGGUACAAGGAACUCGGAAACCUUCCAGUGGUUGAAACUGCCCCUGAGUACCAGCAGGCAAAUGCUGGCUUACAGUUCGACUACCAGUUCAUCAAUGUCCCCGACUACCAGGGCUCUGGAGAGCGAGAGCCGACACCUCACUUUAUCCAGAAUUUAGGUGAAGCGGAGUACGCAGUGGCCAUGUAUCAGUACAUGCGACUCUUGGGAUACCCUGCGUCUAAAAUCUCGAUCUUAGCCACAUAUGCUGGGCAGACAGCUUUGAUCCGGGAUGUAUUGAGUCACCGCUGUGGCAAGAACCCCAUGUUUGGAAUGCCCAAGAUUGUGACCACGGUGGAUCGCUACCAGGGAGAGCAGAAUGAUUACGUAAUCCUUUCUCUCACCCGAACUCGCAGCGUCGGAUACCUGCGCGACGUCCGUCGUCUGACUGUUGCUCUCUCCCGUGCACGACUGGGCCUGUAUAUCCUCGGCCGACGGGAAGUCUUCGAAUCGUGCUAUGAACUCAAGCCCGCAUUUGACCUUCUCCUGCAACGGCCAGAUAAGCUCAUGCUCGCGCCCGGCGAGAUGUUCCCGUCGUCACGGGAAGCUAACGCCGUUAUUGAGGGCACGCCGAUGGAGAGCGUGGAACAUCUUGGACAAUAUGUGUUUGAGAUGACGCAGGCCAAGAUCAAGGCUAUGGGUGAUGGAGAUAUCACUAUUGAGGAUGCGGCUCCGGCUGGCGAAGAUAGCUAUCUGGAUGAGGAUGAGGCUAUGGGGUCUGAUGAUGGGGAUGUUUGA